GUUCUCGUUCUCCACGGAGUAAUUCCCGACGAAUUGCACAGCUUGAAGUGUUUGCACUUUUUGGGACCCCCGCGAGACAAACAAAUAUCGAUGUGAAAACAUCAAAUUCAUAAUCAAGUCAAUAUUUAUUCGAAGCUUCGAGCCGAAUAUACCCCACUUUUUGCUCUAUUACGCGGGAUACAUCAAGGCAAAUAUGUCCUGCAACGAGAAGACAGCGCUGCUGGCAUCGCAACAAGGACACCAGCAGCAGCACAUUAUUGUCGUGCCUGCAACGCGGAAGGGUCCAAAGGAUUAUGAGCCCAUUUUCACAACUGCUGACUACUCCUACGGCCUGACGCUGGAUGAACUGUUGCCCUUCGCCCUGGAUCCCUGGUGGCAGAAUGUGCGGCGCCUCUGCUGCGGCGGCCUGGGGCUUGUCUUCCUCCUCACCCUGAUUGCUGGCCUGGCUCUGGCGUAUUUCGACACUGUCUGUCCGCAGAAUAGAGUAAUUAGCCGAAACAUCACGACCACGACAACACUAUCAACGCCGCUGGCCCUGGUCUCUUACGGCAAUCCUUGAAAUUCCUUCUACUAAAACUGUCGUUGUCUUUCAUGACUUACGUACCACGCCUGCGCGGACGCUAGGCAAAGGUAGAAACCGCCGAAGGAAUUAUUUUUAGUCCUGCCAUUAUUUUGUUAAUAUUUAAGAAUAUAUUUAUGUUUUUGUAUAUAUAUUAAGUAUAUGCAGCUGCGAUAAGCGUUACCACGCGGAACCGUUUGCUUACAGUCUGAUUGCUGAUUAUUACUUGCUGUGCCAAAUAUGUACAGAUAUUAUAUGUAUUAUUUCACCACAAAAAUAAAUCAUUACUUAUGACCUACACCAAAUAUUUUU